ACGGACGAAUGGAGAGAGAGAGAGAGAGAGAGAGAGAGAGAGACAAGAGAGACGUGUCCGGUUGCAUUAGAACAGGAGUAGUGUUAAAGAAUGUGUCUUUCUAAAUCCUAUAUAGAAGAAAGCUCCAAAUAACCACUGAAUAUCGUGUAUCUUUUAUGGUGAAGACAAAGCAACUGGGAAGGAUAAGCACAGAGAGGGACAAAAAGAGAAGGAACACAGGUACACAACUAGUAAAGAAGAGAGAAGAGAAGCGUGCCGAGUUUUAACUAAGACGCCUGCAUUCCUUCAACUUUGAGCGCUGCCUUUCAGGUGCAGCAACAAGAACAUGAGGACGGCAGACUCGACGGCUGAAGACAGCUCUACUCCCUUAAACUCAAAAGAGCAAGGUGGAGCCAGACGUGGCAAGCACAGAAAGCCGAUGUCAGCCACAACGCCACGAGGGAACGACUGUGCAUUGAGGAAAAAGUUCCUCAUCACUAUCCUCUGUGUAGUGGUCAUUUUGGCCAUCCUGGCAGUGGCUGGAUAUUUAAUCGCCCAACUCGUUCAAAGUAAGUAUUUCUACUGCUCCAAGUCACUGAAGUUCAUUCCCCUGGAGAAAGCCUGCGAUGGCAAAGCGGACUGUGCAGGAGGAGAGGACGAGACUUCGUGUAUCUCCCAUUUCACAAGCAACACAACGUUUCCCGUUCGGUUGGCCACGAAUCUCUCCGUGCUUCAGGUAUAUAAUGCCACUGAAGACAACUGGAGAAGUGUGUGUACAGAUGGCUGGACAGUGAAACACACGAUAUCAGCAUGUCAGCAGCUGGGAUACACAGUUAAUCCUGAACAUAAGACAGUCCCACUGACCGAUCUGUCGUCUGAUCUGAAGACGUUUUUUUCUGCUGUGGGACCAGACGCCACGAAGCCGAUUUCCUCCAGCGUAUCAAAUCAAAUAACAUGCAGUUCAGGUUCAGUAGUUUCUUUAUCCUGCUCAGACUGUGGGCCAUUGGUACAGAAGAGCAGGAUUGUAGAAGGGCACAGUGCACUCAUUGAGAACUGGCCAUGGCAGGUGAGCCUGCAGCAGAACGGCCAGCACUCGUGUGGAGGCUCGGUGCUGUCUCCAAAAUGGAUCAUCACUGCAGCCCACUGCUUUACAGGCAGGGCAGAGGUAAGCAGAUGGCGGGUGGUGGCAGGCAGUACAUACAUGACAUCACUAGGGGGCUAUGCUGUGGAUAAAAUCAUUGUGAAUGGAAAGUACAACAAACAACUCAACGAUUACGACGUGGCAAUGAUGAGACUCACAAAACCACUCACUAUACAAGCCACGGUGAAACCAGUGUGUCUCACACCUCAUGAUCUCGGACUCAAAGGACGAACCCCACUGGUGAUAACUGGCUGGGGCCAUCUGCAGGAAAAUGGCCAGCUGUCAUCAGAUCUUCAGAAGGCCGACAUUGAGUUCAUAGACAGUGCUCAGUGUUCUGACAUUUAUGGUGCUGGCAUCACUUCGAGAAUGAUUUGUGCAGGGUUUCUGCAGGGCAAGGUGGACGCAUGCCAGGGUGACAGUGGAGGUCCUCUGGUGUAUCAAAAUGACCGCUGGAGGUUGGUAGGAGUGGUGAGUUGGGGUGUAGGCUGUGCCAGACCAGGCCUACCUGGUGUUUACUCUAACGUGGAUCCAAUGCUCAACUGGGUCUACACAGUCAUGGAGCAGAUGUCCUGAACCAAAGCCGAAAAGAGGACAUCGUACAACAUAUGACUACAAACGCAAACAUUACGUCAGUGCAAUGCAAACUAUUAAUUCCAAGUAAACUCUGAGGAGGUUCUUAUGCACGAACAACAUACGUAGUAAAUGCACAACCGGCAAAAACGGAAAGGUUCUGAUGCACUCAGGAUCUGAGCUUUAGAACUGGUGCAAUUCUGUGUCAUCUUCUCAGGGAUCAUUUUAAUCUAAUAGGCAGUAGUUGUGUAGUUCUGUAAAUGCAAUUCAUUAUAAGACUUGAAUAAUAUUAGCUUUAUACUGAGUAUUAAUCAAUGGUUUUGUAAAUUGACUACUGGAGAUCCACGUUGGUGCUUUUACCAUUGAAUUGCUGAUAAGGGGCAUUUAUUUGUAAUAGUAAACAUGACUGUGUUUCUUCAUUUGCAUUUUAAUAAUUGAAGUUUUGGGAUCAGUGGGCUUAAAUUAUAAAUAGAAUACACUUAUGAGGAUUUGGAGUCAGGAUGUUAUUAUUGCACAUGUGGCUUAUGGCUAUACAUGAUCUCUUAUCGACUCGGAGAACAAAAAUCAAUUCAUCGUGCAUUUGUAAUAUUUAAUAUUUCAAUAUUUGAUCAUGUUCGUUUCGAUUUCAAAUUUCGGAACGUUUCACGCUUGCCAAAAUAAGCUCACACUGUUUUUCAUGUCAUUCUGGCUCAAAACUCUCAUUCGGUGUGCGAUAUGAAAGGAUCUUCAUUCCACUGCGUUUGUAUUGUACAUAUUGUAAAAUUUUGAGACAAAUUUUGUCUCAUAUACUGUUUUUUUUUUUUUUUUGGUUUGUUUUCAACAUGUGUAAAAAGUGAAAUGUCUGUGCAAAUACUGUAUUCGAUAAAUUAUGUAAUUUAAAAGGAUGAA